AUGAGGAUUCUCGGAAGGGUGCUCCUGGAGGGAAGAAAAUUAACUGGCGAGAAUGAUGCUACUCUUCUGGAGCUGCUAAAACCAGGGUAUUUCGACACCCUGGUUAGUAGCUGCAGAAAUAUUGCGGGGUAUGAAGAGAAUGAUGGCUCAACUGCCAACAAGUCGUAUCGAGCUCCAACAACUGCUGUGCACAGUGGAUACGAAAUAAAAAGGGCAGCAGAGGUCUUGGUGGGCCAAGCAAUACGGAAAAAGGACAAAGAAUUGCUCGAAGAUGUUCAAGCUUUCCUGCAGCUGUACCGAACAACAGAGUGGCACGGCAAGAUCACUGCACCUGCCCUCAACAAUUUAAAGCUCAAAAGGCUAAACGUGCCUGAGGUCUUGCCUUUGACGAGUGACCUCCUGCUGGUAAGAAAGUACCUGGUGGAAAGACUGUCUACGCUCACCACUGAUGUUACAAACGAUACAACAAAACAAAAUUGGAGGGAACUUGCGGAGGUUUGCCUUACCAGGCUUAUCAUGUUUAACAAGAGAAGGGGUAAGUAUUAUAAGGUAUUUAACCUUUACUGAACAAGGGUGAGCAGGAUAUCCAGAUUUAUUCAAACUACGAACAACGUCUGAAAAAUUCUGAAUAUCAAGUUGCAUUAUGUGCAAUAAUUGCUUUAUCAUUCAAUGGCGUUUCUGGAUUGAACGGCGAAAUAAAUGUAACUGUUUUUGUAGAACUGAACUACGUACCUCUAUUUGGCAGAUCUAAAGUAUUAUGUUUAGUUGAUCACAAAAAAAUUGGAGUGCCCAAUGGAUGCGUGGUUAGGUUUCUACAAAGCAACUAUAAACCAGUUAAUAAAGAUUCGAGUGAAGUCAGUUGAAAAAAUAGACUAACCAAUUGACCUUUUCUUUUUCAUUAGGAGGUGAAGCUGGCAACAUGAUGCUUGAAACGUUCACGAAUCGGCCAAAUAUCAUCCACAAUAAGGAGAUUUUUCAGUCACUCUCGCCUAGUGAACAACAACUUUGUAAACGGUAUGUUUACUCCAUAUGUUACAUUAUAUGCAUGUGAAAGAUUAUCUUAAACACUUAGUCACUUACAACAUCUGACCUGACGGCUGACAUCUCUCUCUGAUAAAAAGACAUAGGGGAAGUGGAACUAUUUUGCGUUAUAUAUACGAGUACGUUUUGGUUCACGAAAUGCUAAAUAGUGCUCAAUAUCAUAUAGAUAGAGCAAAUAUAAUUUUGAUAUACCUCAAAAGGUUGCCACUACAGUCUGUUUCAUCCGAGAGGAAUCUUCAGGUGACUCACCUGAAAACAAAAUUUAUUAAACUUCAAAUAGAUAUUAGAUACAUAGUAAAUACGUUUCGGGGCACAGCCCCUUCGUCAGAAACGAUAUAAGUUCAAAUCCAUGUCCUUAAAUACUUUUGGCCCAAUAUAUGGCCCAAUGAUAUACCUCAAAAGGUUGCCACUACACAACCUUUUGAGGUAUAUCAAAACUAUAUUUGCUCUAUCUAUAUGAUAUUGAACACUAUUUAGUAGGGCUAGAUAAUUAAUCUUAAAAUAACAAUGUUAUUUCGCUACUCAGAGUUUCACGAUCUUGUCUGAUCGAUGUUUAGGCACAGAUGAAGAACAGAUGUGUAACUUCAGUAAAAAAGAUGUCCCAAGUGUCGCUCGCGUGAUAAUUCGUCAUUUCGUAAUACGUCUUGCUUUCAAAAAUGCUUUUCAACACCUUUUGAACAACUUUAAUUGCUUUCAACAACUUUAAUAAUUCAACAAUUAUGCUCUUGAUUGUUUAAUCCAAAAAUUUCGAUCCAAAAAGGCCGCAAUAAAGUGCAAAAGUUCGUGUUUUUCAGGACGCCAUUUUGCUAGCAAGUGUCAUGGCGUGAGCAUGACGUGUACAUCUAGGGAAAUUUGAGGACACAAAGUCCUAUGAAGUUACACAUCUGGGGUCGGUUGUUCAAAAGCCAGUUAGCUCAAUCCUAGGAAAAUUUCAAAGCAAUUUUCCUUGUUUAUAAACAUGACCAUGGUUUUCUAGAAUUGUUGUCUUGAUCAAUAGAAAUGUUAUUUUCCAAAGUUUUGAAAUAAACAGAAGUGCAGAUGUACCUAAACUAAAACAGCGGGUUAACUUUUAACCCAGGGUUACCGCUAAUCCAGCUUUGAACAACUGGCCCCUAUAUAUUAUAUGGCAUAUAUCAAUCUGUGGUUCAGGCGAUUAUGCCCAUUUAAUUAGUUUGCUUGAUUUCGUGAUUUUUAAUUUUCCUUGAUGCACGCGCAUGCGUUGAAAUCUUCCAGCUUGGAACCGAUCUUUGUGGCGACAUUUUCCGAUCGUUUAUUCAGUAAGUUUUUCUGGUCCGCUUUCAUAAUACAUAGUUUUUCUUCAUUACACGUAUUACAACGUGUGCUACCGGGAGCAUGGGGUGUUGAACGUUUCAGAAAAGACCAAUUGAUGGUUUGAGCUUUCUCUUUAAAUAACUUUAAAUUUAAGUUCCCAAAUAUAUUUUGACAUUUCAAUUCGCCUUAAAUUUGGGAACUUAAAUUUAAAGAAAGAUUUUGCCAUCAAUUGCUGUAUUCCGUGAAACGUUCAACACUCUAUGCUCCCGGUGGCAUACGUUGUAAUCUGUGUAAUGAAGAAAAACUGGGUAUUAUGAAAGCGGAUCAGAAAAACUUACUGAAUAAGCGAUCGGAAAUAUUAGGAAAAUGUCGCCACAAAGAUCGGUUCCAAACUGGAAGAUUUCAACGCACGCGCGUGGGUCAAAGAAAAUUAAAAGUCCCAUGCGAGGCUCUCCCCCGUUUCAAACUACAAGCAUACUAAAUAUAUUACAGUGCUUAAAAUAUUUACAUUGAUAAUAACCGUGAAUCAACAUAUGCCAAUUGCUUGAACACCAACUAAUUCUCAAACCGUGCACAAACUUAAAUACUCCAAAAGAGUUAUUGGAUUUAGUAUCAAUGAGAACCAAUACUACUUUCAAUUAAGAAUGCAGAAAAACAUUGAAAAUAAUAACAAUAAAGUAAUACGCGUAUGUUUUCUUCAAAACUUAUCCCUACGGCAUGAACAAUUUCGAUGCAAUGACCAAGUACAGGUUUCAUUUACAUAGAAACUAGUAAUAAAUAAAUGUAAGUACGUUUUUGACAAAAACGAUUUAAACAUAAUUAAGCUUCGAAGGUCUGCAGGCGAUGCUGUUUUACACACACAGUUCCAGAGAGAGGGACGAUACUCAUUGACAUUGUGAAAAGAGUUGGCAAACGCUCUGCCGAACGUCGUGGGUUUCCCCCGGGUAUUCAGGUUUCCUCCCACAUGAAUGUUGACAGUAUGAUACGUACUUAUAAUAAGUUGGGUGUUUAUGCCUUGUAGUGGACGUGUAAUGUCCUAUUGCAUUUGGCCUAGUAUUUCAUGUUCUGAGUUCGAAAUGUUUUCAUUAAGGCUUGACCUGGUGGAAAUAAUUGGAAAAAGGCGACGGAAAGUACCAGUUAUUCUCACAGAAGAUGUCAAGGCUGCCAUCAAUGCUUUGAACACGAGAAGAAAAGAAGGUGGAGUUUGCGAGAGCAGUCAGUAUGUGUUUGCGGUGAAUGACGGCAGGUCGAUGAAUCCUUUAAGAGGACAUGAUGUGAUAAAGAAAACUUGUAAACAAGUGAAACUGAAGGAACCUGAACUCAUCAAGUCAACGAAUUUAAGAAAGUACAUCGCCACCGUGAGUCAGAUUGUGGACAUGAACGAGUCGGAGAUGGGGUGGUUGGCUAACCAUCUCGGCCAUGAUAUUCAUGUUCACAAAGAAUUUUACUGA